GUGGAGUUCGAGCCGCUAGUGGAUUCCACGUCCAAGGCAUUCAUGAAAAUUGUUAAUGAACGAUUCGCCAAAACGGGGGAGGUGUGUCCCCUCGAUCGGUGGCUGCAGAUGUACGCCUUUGACAUCAUGUAAGUUUUCCUUCCACGUUAUUUCUUCCUUCACCUGCUGACGAGGUUGUACUAGUGGUGAGAUGACUUUCAGCAAACGCCUAGGAUUCCUAGAAUCGGGAUACGACGUAGACAAUAUGAUGCAUUAUACAGGCCAGGCAAUGGACUACAUUGGCAUGGUGAGUGUCUGUCAUCUGCGCCGUCAUAUGCACUACCUGACAAGCACAUAGAUGGGACAGCUGCCAACCAUUGAUGAGUACCUCCGGGUCAAGAACAAAUUGCUCCGGUGGGUUCGGCCAACCGGAGAUAUCACGCGUUGGACCGUAAAGCAGAUCCGGUCCCAUCUCAAGAACCCGGACAGCUCGUGCCCAGAUUUCGUGACACGAUUUCUCCAAGCGCGCGACAAGUAUCCGGAGAUCAUGAACGAGGAACAACUCGAAGAGUACGCCAACACCAAUGUGAGCGCCGGCUCUGACACGACCGCAAUUAUCCUGCGCUCACUGGUCUAUGAAAUCUUGGUGCAUCCAGACGCAUACACGCGCUUCAUGGCCGAGAUCAAAGCCACAUUGAAGGCGCGCCCGCAGGAUGAGCACUACGACGACCCCAUCCGCUGGAGUGAGGGGCUUAAAAUGCCCUUCUUCCAAGCGUGCAUCAAGGAAUGCCUGCGCUACCAUCCUGCGCUGGGCCAGCUGAUCCCGCGCGACGUGCCGGAAGGGGGCGUCGAGAUCGCGGGCAAACUCCUCCCUGAGGGCACAGUGGUAGGAUGCAACGCAUGGACCAUACAUAGGGAUAAAGAUCUCUAUGGCGAGGACGCGGACGAGUGGCGGCCAGAUCGCUGGUUGGACAAGGAUGUGGAGCAGGUCCGGAGGAUGGAGAACCUCAGCUUUGCGUUUGGCGGCGGCUCAAGGCUGUGUAUUGGCAAGAACAUCGCGAUGCUCGAACUGACCAAGUUUAUCACCGAGUUUUUCAGGAGAUACGAGGUCGAAUUGGUGGAUCCGAAGCGCUGGAAGUUGCGCCCUGGCUGGUUGGUGGUCCAGACGGGGUUGGAUGUGCGUUUGAACCCGAGGGACCCGCAGUCACUUCUCGAGUAGAGCUCUACUCAAGGAUUCAAGGUGGUCAAGUUAUUGAAGGUGAUCGAACCUCGAAGUUCAACGGUGUAAGCAGGGAGUUGGCGUCUGGUUUUUGCUCCUAUGUGCUUCG